AUGCACAAUCCCAACUCCACUCAUUGGACUGCAGCAAAACGGGUACUUAGAUAUUUAAAAGGCACCAUUGAAAUUGGCUUAUGGUACACAAAGGGUGACAGUCAUCUCCAAGCAUUUUGUGAUGCAGAUUGGGCUGAUGAUCCUGAUGACCGUCGCUCCACUACAGGUUUCGCUGUAUUUAUUGGCUCAUGUCUCAUCUCCUGGUCUGCUAAGAAGCAGUCAGUGGUUGCCCGCUCAAGUACAGAAGCUGAGUAUAGAGCUUUGGCUAUGGUCACGACUGAAGUUUAUUGGGUUCUCAUGUUACUCAAACAACUGCAGAUUACCAUCCCCACAUCCCCUACCAUUUGGUGUGAUAACAGUGAUGCUAUUGCACUAGCUUCCAACCCUGUUUUUCAUACUUGA